AAAAGUUGCCACCCCUGGGAGAGUUUUUUGCAAAUCUACCAUAAUAGACUCCAUCCGACCAUCCCUAUCAGCUUCUUCUUCUCCGACUUGGCGAAAGUCCAAACCUCGCCUUCAUAAAUUUUCAUCGAAAUUCUUGAGAUUCCGCCCUCGAGAACCAGAGUUUUUGCUGUUGCUGACGGAAGUUUGGCGAUGGCAUCGGCGGCGACCACCGCUGUUAACAGCGCCUCGGAGUGGUGGGAUGAGGUGAAUGAGUCCGCGGUGUGGCAGAAUCGGAUCUUCUUAACCCUCGCGUCGCUUUUUGGGUUGAUAUCCUUCGUUGCUCUAAUACAGUUGAUCAGAAUCGAGUGUAGGGUUCCAGAGUAUGGAUGGACGACGCAGAAGGUGUUUCAUUUAUUGAAUUUCCUUGUUAAUGGAGUUAGAUCUGCUGUCUUUUCAUUCCGUCCUAGAGUGCAGAAAAUAAGUCCUGAGAUUUUGCAACACAUGCUUCUUGAUAUGCCUGCUCUCGCAUUCUUCACCACAUAUACGCUGUUGGCACUUUUUUGGGCUGAGAUAUAUUACCAGGCACGAGGAGUGUCCACUGAUGGCCUAAGACCAACCUUCUAUACAGUAAAUGCAGUGGUAUAUUUAGUGCAGAUGUUUCUUUGGCUGCUUAUGUGGUGGAAGCCCAUUCAAGUUAUUAUCGUCUUGUCCAAGAUAUUUUUUGCAGGUGCCUCGUUUCUUGCUGCCCUUGGUUUCCUUCUUUAUGGUGGAAGGCUUUUCUUGAUGUUGCAGCGCUUUCCUGUUGAAUCAAAAGGAAGACGCAAGAAAUUGCAUGAAGUCGGCUAUGUGACAACCAUAUGCUUUAGCUGUUUCUUGAUUAGAUGCAUCAUGAUGUGCUUCAAUGCAUUUGACAAAGCUGCAGACAUUGAUGUUCUGGACCAUCCAAUUUUGAACUUAUUUUACUAUUUGCUGGUGGAAAUUCUCCCUUCAUUUCUGGUUCUUUAUAUUUUGAGGAAGCUACCUCCCAAACGUGGAAUUACUCAAUACCAUCCGAUCCGCUGAUCUCCGGCAAUGCUCAUAGUAGAUCUUCCACAAGAGGAAAGGCUUGUUCUUUGAAGAAGCUAUGGUCUCCAAAGAUGGGCCAUAGGUUAAGUAGUGUCUUUCCACCAUGGUUGAAAUGCUCGGAUCUGCUUCAUAGAAGGUGCAGUAACCGGAUCAAUGUCUUUUAUGUUUAUAUAAUAUCCAGUUUUUCUGUGCGAACCAUAUUAUUCUUUGUUCGAACAUGCUGGCAUUUUCAAAACCUGUGUUCUCUUGACUUAUUUUGUGGAUGUAUCUGUAUUUCUUUAAAGUUCACAGGAAACUCAAAUAUUUGUAGCCUGAUGUCUUUAUAGUUGGCGUGCUUAAGUAAAUUAUAAAUUUGCCUUCUUCUUCUAGAAA